AUGAAUUUUUCAUUUCAAGAAUUGGCAUUAAUUGCUAUUGCUUUAGAUGAUGAAGAAGCUACAACCGUCAAGAGUAAAAGGAGAUUUUCUGUACAUCCUACGUGGCAGAAAAGAGAACAAGAAGGUGAAUACCACACUCUCUACAAAGAACUUUUGGAUGACGAGACUCAAUUUUAUAUGUAUUUUCGUAUGACAAAAGAAUGUUUUGCUUUACUGGAAAACAAGCUAAGCCCUCACUUACAUAAGAAGGACACUUUUAUGAAAAGAGCCAUCACAUCCCGUGAACGAUUGGCUGUAUGUUUACGAUUUUUGGCCACUGGUGACUCACAUAUGACAAUAUCAUUUAGCUACCGUUUAGGUCAUAGCACAGUAAAUAAAAUUGUCAAAGAGACAUGCAAAAUUAUUGUUGACCAAUUAAUGAGUGAGGUAUUACCCGAGAUGACUACGGAAAUGUGGAAAGCGGUUGCUGAAGACUUCUGGCUACUGUGGAAUUUCCCAAACUGCUUAGGAGCACUAGACGGUAAACAUGUAGUGAUUGAAGCGCCACCGAACAGCGGAUCUUUAUUUUUUAAUUAUAAGUCAACAUUUUCUAUUGUUUUGUUGGCUCUAGUAGAUGCAAAAUGCAAUUUUAUUUACAUAAAUGUAGGUGCGCAGGGAAAAAAUCAUGACGCAGGAAUUUUUAUGACUUCUUCGCUAAAGCAACGUUUAGAGAAUGGUACUCUAAAUAUACCUCAAAACAGAGCUUUACCCGGUACAAACAUUGUUGCCCCUUAUGUCAUCAUAGGUGACUCUGCUUUUCCACUAAAAACAUACUUGUUACGUCCGUAUCCAUAUAACAGUGGAAACCGCGAAUUUGAAGUCUUCAACUAUCGCUUAGGUCUCGCUCGUCGCUGCGUAGAAAAUGCUUUUGGUAUUCUUACUCAGAAAUUUAGAAUUUACCAAGGAAGAAUAAAAAUGAAUCCAGCAUCGGUAGAUAAUAUAAUACUAACAACAUGUGUAUUACACAACUUUAUAAGAAAAAAUAGUGAAAAUGAGGUUAAUUCAUUUAACUUAGAAAGUUUAGAGGAUUCGAGCCUUAACAAUUUACGUUCUCAAGGCGGCAGUGCAUCUAGUCAAGCAUUUCGUGAACGAGAAAAAUUCAAAGUUUUUUUCAAUUCUCCUGUCGGCAUUUCUAGCAUGAGUGAAUACUAA